AGCGAUCGCAGCUGCCGGGCACAGGAAGGGGCUGGAUCAGCCGAGCGCGGCUGUAUCCGGGGUGGAACCGGGAGAGUUCGGGGCUUCGGCGCUGCAAGACGUAAAUGAGAAUUAUAGUAACGCUGCUCCCCGGCGGGUCUGUGCGAGGGGAGACCUGCAUUAAACCCCCUCUGUGCCCAGCCGGGGGGACUCUCUGCGAGGGCUGGAACCAGCCCCGCCUCCUGGGGCAGCCCCGGGCUCUGCAGACACCAGCCCCUGAGCCGGAGCCUGCAGGCCCUGGGAACCCGCUGCCUUGUGAACGUGCCUGCAGCAGCAUCUGAGCUGCCUUAACAGAAAUGAAGCCGCUGCCCCGAGGUCCUGUCAGGAUUUUCCCCAGGGGCCAGAGCAGGAGGACGAGGAAGAGCUCCCUUGGUGCCUAUGUUUCUGCCUCUGGGCAUGUGCAUCACCCUAGGUACCCAGACAUCUCUGUCCUGCCUAAGCCUCAGUGCUAUUCACAACCCGAGGGAUGGGGUCGGUAACCUUCGAGGAGUUGGCUGUGUAUUUCGCGGAGGAGAAGUGGGCUGUGCUGGACCCCCGUCAGAGAGCCCUCUACAGGGACGUCAUGCAGGAGAACUAUGAGAAUGUGACCUCGUUGGGUGAUGGGACGGGGAGUGAGAACGAAGUGGGGAAUCCUCCUCAGGAAGGUCCUGAGCAAGUGCAACGGCCCAGGGCAUUAGCAGAGAACAUUUCCCACAGUCCUGAGCAAGGAGACACCUGUGAGAGUCAGCACAGGGCGGAGAUGCAGCAGGGAACCCAUCCAGGGAACAGACGGGAUAAAUCCACUCACCAGGGGGGCAGUUUGAAAGACCUUAAUAAAGACUUGAUGCAGCCGAGAAACUGCCCAAAAGAUAAACUGUAUCAGUGUGCUGAGUGUGACAGAAGCUUCAAUCGCAGUUCAAACCUUCUUGUCCAUCAGAGAGUCCACACUGGAGAGAAACCCUAUAACUGCCCCAAGUGUGGGAAAAGCUUCAGUGAUGGCUCAGCUCUGACUAAACAUCAGAGGAUCCACACUGGAGAGACACCCUAUGUCUGCUCUGACUGUGGAGAAAGCUUCAAUCAGAGAUCAAACCUUACUGUACAUCAGAGAGUCCACACAGGAGAGAGACCCUAUAGCUGCCCCAACUGCGGAAAACGAUUCACUCACUUCUCAAACCUUGUUAAACACCAGACAAUCCAUGCGGGAGAAAAACCUCACAAGUGCCCCAACUGUGGGAAACAUUUCAGGUGGAGCUCACAACUUAUUAAACACCUUGUUUCACACCAGAGAGCCCACAAGGGAGAAGAACCCUAUCGCUGCUCUGACUGUGGGAAACGCUUCAGUUAUAGCUCACACCUUAAUAGACAUCAAAUUAUCCAUACCGGAGAAAGACCCUAUAAAUGCCCCGACUGUGGGAAAAGCUUCAAGCUUAGCUCCAUCCUUCUUGUACAUCAGAGAAUCCACACAGGAGAGAGACCUUUCCACUGCCUUGAAUGCGGGAAAAGCUUCUGUGACAGCUCAGGCCUUAUUAGACAUCGGAGAAUCCAUACCGGGGAAACACCCUUUCAAUGUUCUAUCUGUGGGAAAAGUUUCACUCGGAAAUCGCAUCUUAUUUCACAUCAGAGAACCCACACAGGAGAGACACCCUAUAAAUGUUCUGUCUGUGGGAAAAGCUACAAGGUGAAGGUCUCUCUAAUGUCUCACCAGAAACUCCACACAGGAUAGCAUGUGGCAGGAGCUCUCCCUGUGAGGCAACGGGUCUCUGGCCUUCCAAAGCAAAGUGUAAAUAUGCUGCAUUUGCAGAUGGUCUGGGUUGGGCCAGCAGGUGGGCGGAUGGUUUGGGUUUCAGGGUGGAAUGGUUGGUGGAGGCCAGAGGAGGAGAGAACACAGUACGGUGGGAGAUGGGUCAUUUCAGGGUCUGGGGAGAACAGGCAACGGGAUUAGUGGGACAUUUCUGCAGGUUCCCCACACACUUUCCAAUGUAGAGAAAAGGUAAAAAUGCUGCAUUGCAGUUUGUGUCUGAGUCGUCUCUGUAGCUUCUAAGACCUCUUGGGACAAGGGGAUUUAUUUAGGGAAGCAGCAAGGGGUCCCGUGGGGCCAUAGUGAUAAAGCAGAGAGCUGCCAAUCUGCAGUGACCGGAUAUCAGAGCAAUUCACCGUUUAUUGGAAUCCUCUGCAGACAGGGUGGGGGAAACUUGGGAAUUCAUGGUGGAGAUUCCGCAGUGAGGUGGGGUUUUGCACUGUUCCUAUGAGGGCAGUAUGGUAUAAUAGGGAGAGCAGGGGGCAUCGGGCCACAGGAUCUUGGUUCUGAGAGGGGAGUGAGGUCUAAUGGGUUAGAGCGGAGGGGACUGGGAGCCCUGACGCCUGGGUUCAAUAACCAACUCUGCUAGUGUCUCCUGGUGUGAUCUUGUACCAGCCACUUCCCCUCCUCGCUGUGCAUCUAUUGUUUCAUCCCUACAACGCACGUACUAGCAGUCACUCACCUCCCCGUGGAGUUCUGAGAUUGUCACUCGUUACUGUGUAUUCAGAGGCUCAGGAGGAAAGAGGCACCAUGGGAGGAAAGUUGCAUUAUUACCAUUACUGUGUUGUAUUACUAUGUGACAUUCUUCCGUUCCUUGCCAGGUCUCUGUUGGGGGAGUGUGUUACUGAGCUGAAGGGAAGGGUUUUAGCUAGGUUCCCUUGUCCUUGUUCUCAGGCACAGGCUGUUACACACUCGGAUUAUUCCUGAAACAACUGCCCUGGAUGGGAGUUUCUCCUUGUUUCAGGAUGGUCGGGGAGGGAAGAGGAGAGGGUCUCGUGUUUCAGGGCAUGCAGGUUUCAGGUUAACCUGUAUUUCUCAGUGAAGUUUUUACCUCAAUGGGUUUUUGAUUUUCCAAAUAAAUUCCUGGUCAAAUGUUUGUUGUGCAUCUCUACUUCAUCUUCUGGCGUAUCCCUGGAAUUUCCUCUGUUCUCCAGCUCUGGGCAGAGUGCCCCAGACUGGGUCAGUUUCCCCCUUACUUGCUCCUGCUUAGCAGGAAUCACUCACUCCCAGUAUCCAGCCCUUUCACUGAUGUCUCUGCCCAUGUGACUUUAGA